AUGUCUCAAAACUACGAAUCCCCGAACGAAACGGCGGCCGCCCGCCUCGUCCCUUACAGUCAGCGAUGGCACCAUGCAAAGAUCAUAAUUCGUAUUCUAAUUAUUUGCCUUUGUGCCCUCUCCUAUGGCCUAUGCUUCCUGUCAAUCAUAUAUGCAAUAGGCCUGGGGCCGAUCGUGAUAGCCGAUGUCGCCUGGACUGUCACAGAAUUUAUCGCCCUCGCCAUUCGAAGGGCCAAGAAACGCGGCAUCCACCCGAUUGCGCACCUAGUUCUCGACACCCUCUUCCCGCCAGCUUAUCUGUUUGCCGCGGUAAUGUACGGCGAUGAAAUGGCAAAUUCUCGCAAGAGGCCCCGCAAUUUCGUCGUCGAGGCUUUCAUCAUCAUCUUUGUGGUGGCCUUGAUGAUCCUCCACUCCGUCCUUUUCGUCCGCAGCUGCAUCGAGGUCCACCAGCGCAGACUGUCGAAGGGCGUCCCGAAAACGAUGUACUACAUCCCUGGACAAGGCGCCCCGUUCGUUGCCAACCGUGAACCUCUGGAGGCCGAGCUGGACGCGAUGCCUGCUGCAGCACGCAGAAGUGUGAGCACGUCCAGUCUUCCAGACAAAGAAGAGCCGAAGGCUGCUGGAUCAUGUGCCCAGCUCGCGGCUGAUCGGGUGUGA